GACGCGGACGACACGCAGAGAGACGCCGGGUCAACGCGCCAGGUAGCAACGCCUCGGGACAGCCGUCGACGUUUCCUUCGUCGCCGUCCUCGUCCUAGCCGCCGUCGGGGUGGUGCCCUGGUCCCUUCUCUCUAGAGCGCGGGAUGACAACCAUGGGGUCCUUCCACGCCGCAUCCGGGAGCCUCGUCCUCCUCGCGGCCACGGUCGUCCUGCUGCCCGCCACGCAUCGCGCACCGUUUGCAUACGCCGCAACUGGCGGCGGCAGUAUGCUGGGCGACGUGAACAUUUCUGCGAUACUAGACUCCUUUUCCAUCAGUUACGAUAAAAGAGUAAGGCCGAACUACGGAGGUCCUCCCGUCGAGGUGGGCGUCACCAUGUACGUCUUGAGUAUCAGCUCCCUAUCCGAAGUGAAAAUGGACUUCACGUUGGAUUUUUACUUCCGACAAUUCUGGACGGAUCCACGACUCGGGUUCAAGCAAAGACCGGGCGUCGAGACACUCAGCGUCGGCUCGGAAUUUAUCAAGAACAUUUGGGUACCCGACACCUUCUUUGUCAACGAGAAGCAGUCAUACUUUCACAUCGCUACCACCAGCAACGAGUUCAUUCGCAUUCACCACUCGGGAAGCAUAACGCGUAGCAUACGCUUAACAAUUACAGCGUCGUGUCCCAUGAACUUGCAAUAUUUCCCGAUGGACCGGCAAUUGUGCCAUAUCGAGAUCGAGAGCUUCGGAUACACGAUGAGGGACAUCCGGUACAAGUGGAACGAGGGCCCGAACAGCGUCGGGGUCAGCAACGAGGUCUCCCUGCCUCAGUUCAAGGUCCUCGGUCAUCGUCAGCGUGCCAUGGAGAUUAGUCUUACCACCGGGAAUUACUCGCGGCUGGCCUGCGAGAUCCAGUUCGUACGGUCGAUGGGCUACUACCUGAUCCAGAUCUACAUACCCUCGGGGCUGAUUGUCAUAAUAUCGUGGGUGAGCUUUUGGCUAAACCGAAACGCGACCCCCGCUCGGGUGGCCCUCGGAGUAACCACUGUGCUCACUAUGACGACCCUAAUGUCCUCGACGAACGCGGCGCUACCAAAGAUCUCCUACGUCAAGUCCAUCGACGUCUAUCUGGGCACCUGCUUCGUCAUGGUCUUUGCCUCGUUGCUCGAAUACGCCACGGUGGGCUACAUGGCGAAGAGGAUUCAGAUGCGGAAGAAUCGCUUCCAAAAGAUUGCCGAGAGCAUGAAGGCCGCGAGCGAGAAUCCAGGACCGCCGCGCGUGCCCGGCGAUCAUGGCGAUCACGCGCCUAAGCAAACUGAGGUGCGGUUCAAGGUGCACGACCCAAAGGCACACAGCAAAGGUGGGACACUUGAGAACACCAUAAACGGUCGCGCCGAUGAGGAAUCGGCGGGCGCGCCGCAACAUAUUAUUCAUCCUGGCAAAGACAUCACCAAGCUCUACGGUAUGAGUAGACCAUGCAUCACGCCGUCGGACAUCGACAAGUAUUCCCGCAUCGUGUUCCCAGUGUGCUUCGUCUGCUUCAAUCUGAUGUACUGGAUCAUUUAUCUCCACAUCAGCGACGUGGUUGCAGACGAUCUCGUGCUGCUCGAGGAGGCGAAGUAAACGACGACGUCGAGGCGCUUCGUAUCGAGAAGAAGGGAGAGCAAAAAGUACAGGCGGAAUCGAGCACUUGAAGGAGGGACAAGACGAGAGAGCCGGUUCGUAAGGAAGAAGGAAGACGAGAAAAAAAACGGUGCGGAGGAACGCGAAUCCCAGGCGCGUUUGGUGGCCACUUCGAGGCGCAAGUAGUAAAAGCGAACGACAAGCGAGACCAGCUCGCGAGCAGGAGAGCGCUUCAUGUCCAUCUCGAGGACGCUCAGCGACUUCUUUCGCGACUGCGAAGUUAACAGCGGGCGUAUUAGACUCGGAGUAAGACCACUUACUCGCGAUCUAACGGAAAGUAUGUAUAAAAGAAAAAAGCGAACGCUUUCGUGUCGCUCCGAAAGAGACGCGGCUGACCAAACGCGCGCUCCAACUACUGCGUGGUGGCUUCUGUCGCGAUUAUUACUCCAGACAAAGAUGCUCUCGUUCGUCAAUCAACGAUCGACCUCGCGUAAAGUCUCGGCUAACGUCUCGCUCUCCACGAGGUGUCUUCGUUAAAAGACUCAUAUAUAUAUAUUAUAUAUCUAUAUAUAUAUAUAUAUAUAUAUGUAUAGACACGUGUGUCGCGCGAUGUACAAGGAUACCUAUAUUACAUAUGUCGCGGCGUAAACGGGCAAAACAGAGGCUCAAAAAUUUCCGAAAGCGAAUCUCUACGAGCAUACAUACCAUAAAACAUUGCCAGGUAUUUCUAGGUAUUCCUAGUUCUUAAACGGAGAAAAUACCUUCGAUAUAAACACUUGUCAAUUUAGCCACCAUUAUAUAGUAACGUUAACUAACGCUAAGGACAACACCGAGACUCGUCGGUUUGAAGCGACAGUUCAAUCGAGAACGGCUCGAGGGGAGACGGAAAAAUAUAGGAUUAUCGACGUUCGUCGAGGUCGAGGAUAAAUCGUCGCUCUGUCACGCCGUCUGCAGCGCUCGUACGCGGACGGAGGAAACGUAGCGGAAAUCGUGCGGUGGCAUGUGUGUGCGUGCAUGCGAGCGAGCGAGAAAGAGAACGCGAGAGAGAGAGAGAGAGAGAAAGAGAGAAAGAAUGACACGAGCGUGAAUGUGUGCGUGAAGGUGAGCGCGGAAUGAAGAAACGACGGACAGGAAAGUUCAUAUUCCGAAUGAAGAUAUAAACGAUGUACUAUUGGAGACUGGUGCGACUUAUUACUUAAGUAAGUACAGUAUAAGUAUAUGUAUAUUAACCAUAUAUAUAUGUAUAUAUAUAUAUAUAU